CUUGCCGGCUGGAAGGGUUCGCUAGCCACUCCGUUUCUCAUUUUACAGACCCUUUCCUCCUCAGUCGUCGCCAUCACAAUUCUUUUGAGAUAUUUUUCAGUUCUUGUGCGUUGACAAACAAAAAUUUUGAACGAUCGAAAAAAGUGCAUUUAAAUUCGCCAAAAUGCGACCCAAGUGAAAAUUGGCGCUAAAUUUGAUUUUUCGUCAUCAUUUCAAAAGUGAUUGCUUUAAACAUGUUGGGAUUCGGCUGAGAAAAAAAAAGUGUCGGAGAAGAUUUUAAUAAAAUAAAACAACAAUCGAAUAAACCAGUUUUUUGUUUCUUUUAAAUUUGAUCGUCGGUGAUUGUGUGCUGAGCAGGUGAGAGUGAGCGUGAGUGUUAUUAUACAAGUGCCGCAGUGCCGAUGAGUGUCGUCGUGUGAGAGUGAGAAUCCCGUGGUUCAGUUUUGAUUGGAAAUCCGAGUGGAUAUCUAUUUGGUGUGUUUAAUUCCCAAGUGCUCGCAGACAUUUCGUGCAAAAAUGAACCAAUUAGGCACCGUGUACGCGACAAAGCGUCGGCGUCGCAACGGCAAAAGUUUGAAGCCGUCGCCAAAGGAGAGUUCGGGCAAGAGCAAUCCGAGCAAACGGCACAGGGAAAGACUCAACGCCGAGCUGGACACGCUGGCCAGUCUCCUGCCUUACGAGGCUUCCAUCCUCUCCAAACUGGACCGGCUCUCCAUUCUGAGGCUGUCCGUCAGCUACCUGCGCACCAAGAGCUAUUUUCAAGUCAGUUGCCACAAGGGGAUCAAAGGUGAACAACAACAGCAACAACAUUCGCAACACGGCGGCGGUGGCCAUUUCUUGCUGCACGACAAUCAAUUCCGCAACAGAGACGUGACCAUCUUCGACUCGCCGUCGCUGGACGGUGAAAGCUUCCUCCAGGCUCUCAAUGGAUUCCUGCUGAUUUUGACCAGCGACGGAGAAGUCUUCUUCGCCACACACACCAUCGAGAGUUACCUGGGAUUCCAUCAGUCGGACGUGGUGCACCAGUCGGUUUACGAGCUGGUCCACUCUGAGGACCGCGAAGAGUUGCAGCGCCAAUUGACGUGGAGUUCCCAACUGCCGGCCGAUUCGGGACUGACGCUGCUGGACGCCCUCCGACCCGACAAUUCCAUGAUCCUCGAACGAUCCUUCACCGUCCGCUUCCGAUGCCUACUCGACAACACUUCCGGAUUCCUGAGACUGGACAUCAGGGGUCGUGUCAAGGUCCUUCACGGGCAGAACCGCAAGAUGGAAGAGCCGCCGCUGGCCUUGUUCGCCAUCUGCACACCAUUCGGCCCGCCGAGUUUACUCGAGCUGCCCCACAAGGAGAGCAUGUUCAAGAGCAAACAUCGGCUCGACCUCGCCCUCGUCUCCAUGGAUCAAAGGGGGAAGGCUUUGCUGGGUCACAGCGACGCUGAAUUGUCGUCGCUGGGCGGCUACGAUCUGGUCCAUUUCGACGACUUGGCCUACGUCGCCAGCGCCCACCAAGAACUUUUGAAGACGGGCGCUUCGGGGUUGAUUGCCUACCGGCUGCAAACGAAAGACGGGCAGUUCCAGUGGCUGCAGACGUCGUCACGGCUCGUCUACAAGAACAGCAAACCCGAUUUCAUCAUCAGCACUCAUCGGCCGCUCAUGGAGGAAGAAGGACGAGAUUUGAUGGGCAAACGGACCAUGGACUUUAAAGUCAGUUACCUGGACGCUGGAUUGACGAGCAACUAUUUCACGGAUCAGGAAGCUGGAUCGGCCAUUUCGGCGACUGUCGCCCCAACGACGACGACGACCUCGACGACGACGGGAGCGUCGGUGACGACUGGACAGACGACGGUCCUUCCGUCGCAGACGGGCGGAACCAACGCUCAUCCGCCUGGGACGCAGAAAAUCGGAAGGAAAUACAAGAAUCAAUUACGGGAUUUCCUGACCAAUUGCCGGACGAAACGGAAAAGCGGAAGCUCUGGAGCCGCUUCGGCCGCUGCCAACGGCCUCACGACUCCGCCGGAACCGUCGCCUGUCCACUACCUUUCCGGCAGUAGCAACAGCGGAGUGGAAUUGGCCAGCGGAGUAGCCGGUUGGACAACCACAACGACGGCCGGAGUGGGCGGAGGUUCAGCGGCCGCUUCUUCGGCCGCCGCUUCGGCCGCCGUCGCAGCUGCCGCAACGGCCUAUUCUCCUUCCGUCUACCCUGGGGCUUCAGCGGCCGCUGCGGCUGCGGCUGCCGCCACGGUGCCGUACCAUGCGGAUGCCACCAACAGUUUCUACCACAGCGCCAUGCAUCAUCACCACCACCACCAUCAGCUGGCCGCCCACCACCACCACGCCGCCCACCACCAGCCCAACGCGACGUUGCAGAACCUCCAGAAUUUGCACCAGAGCUUUUACGGCACGCCCGGAGCGCUGGAUCACAACCGGUUCGGCAUCGUCCCCACGGCCGAGCACAAUCUCUUCCAUCACGGCCACGCGGCCUACGCUCGAGGACUGGGCGUGGGCGUCGGAGCCGCGGGAUAUUACGCCGCCGAAUAUUCGCCGUACGUUCACGCCGCGGCGGCCACCACCAACGGAUUCCUGGCCGCUGGAUACGAUUCCACCAUUGGCGGUAUGAGCCAAUUGUACGGCGGUAGCAGCAACAGCAGUCCAGCUGGCGGCGGUGGUGGCGGCGGUGGAGGAGCCGGUAGCCCGGCUGCUGGUGAUGUGAGCAAGUACGCGACGACUAGUACUUCGUCCGUCAGUGCUAGUAGCGGUGGUGGUGGUACGGCCGCAGGUGGAGGUGUGUCUAGCCUGGGCCGUCUCACGACGAGUCUGCAUCAUCAUCAUCAUCAUGGGGGAGGAGGAGGAGGAGGCCUAGGCGGAGGAGGACUCUUAUCAUCCGGCGAGACGGAGCCAUCGUCAGAGUCGUCGGGCACCAGCACCAGCAGCAUCGCUGGAGGUGAUAGCCCUUACAAUAACGGCCAUCACAACAACAACACCAACAACCACCAUCAUCAGCAGCAACAGCAGCAACAACAGCAGAGGAACAACAACCUUUCGUCCCGGCCCAGUUCCCGCAAACCGGUCGACCAACAGCAGCAGCAACAACAACAGCAGAUGAUGCAGCAAUUGCAACAACAACAACAACAGCAACAACAAUUGAGCAAGGCGGACAAGUACGGAGGAGACGGGCGGGAUUCGAGCAACGGCGGAGCUUCAUCCGGAGGCUCGUCAUCCGGAGGCGGUUACCCUGGCGGUACGAAUAGCAAUGACACCCGACAGACUGUUCUCAUGUGGGGAUCUUCUGGGUUAACGUCGGUCACCGGCAACCACUCGUCGUCGUCGUCGUCGGUGGCGGCGGGUUCCAACGACGACGACGGGGGUAGUGGCGCAGUGGUCGUCUCCAUGACGACCGCCGAUUUAAUAACAUCCACCACGGCUGCCGCUGUCGCCGCCGCUUACGCCGCAGAUUGCGGAGUCUCUGAAACCGGAAUCAAGACCAAGUACGCGGGGCAUCACGGGGUCUACAAUGGCCACCACCAGCAGCAACAACAGCAGCAGCAACAACAACAUCAUCACGUCCAGCAGCAACAACAACAGCAACAACACGACGUGACGGUCAGCAAACCGGUGGUGGUGUCGAGCAACGGCGUGGCCAACAGCAACAACAACCUGGACAAUAGCAACAGCAGCAGUUUGAACAGCGCCUGCAAGUGGGGCCGUGUGGGGCCUCAUUACCUGUACGGUGCAGCGGCCAGCGCGGCCGACGUGGUAUCGGGCAGUAGCGAGCAGUGCCUCCUCCACCACCACCAACACGGCGCUGGAUCAACCUGCUGUCCACCAUCCAUUCACCAACAACAACAACAACAACACCAAUCAUCAUCAUCAUCAUCUCCACUCCACCACGGCGUCCAUUGUUCCAGCGGUCCAGGACCAACAUCAGCAACAACACAACAACAACAACACAAUUCCUGUGGCCAAUCACAGCAACAGCAGCAGCAACAGCAGCACCUCGUCAUUUGCAGCAGCAGCGGGAUCGGGGGAUCGGAUAGGAGUGGCUCGGACCGCAGUCCUUUGCUGUCCUUCUCCGAGGUGACCAACACUUUACUCAACAACCAGCACGGAAUCGAUCCAUAAAUAAUUUUGUAACGACUGUGGGAUUUUCUCAACCUGGAAAAAUCAAAUCGAAAAACAUUUGAAGCACAAAAAACAAACUUGAAAUAAAAAUUUAAAUGUUGGUGGACGAUCUCUUACGAAAAAUGGACGACCCCCCCCCCUUCCUCCCCUAUAAUUUCCCCAACGAAUUUUUCUCUGCUCUGAAUUUUUGGACUCUGCUGUGAUUUCACACUCACACGUUUGAACCGACAUGGCAAAUUGAUUGGGUUUAGAUUUUUUUUGUUAUUUAAAAAUAAGGAAAAAUGAUGAAAUACGUAACUCGAUAAAUCGUGAAAGAAAAUACUAAAAAACCCAAAACUGUGAAAUCCUCUUGUUCCUCCUCCCUUAAUCCCUUUCCCCCUCCUUUAAUCUUACACCAAUUUUUCAUGUACGGAAUUUUCGACGACAUCUUCUGACUCGUUUGUAACUUGACGCGUGGUUUUCCCCCCUUCUUUAUAAUAAUCAUUUCUCCCAACAAGAUUCGUCUAGUCAUCUCUCGCGAUGAAGUGUGUUGUGUCAUUCCCCUCCUUUUUAAGUUUUUUUUUUUUUUUAAAUAGGCAGCUGUCUUUUGUUUUUAACCCCAUGCCGAUAAAAAAAAAAAAAACUAAAAGUUGAAUUUUUUUUUUUUUAUUUUCCAUUCCGAUUUGUUUUUCCGCGCUUUAAUUUUUCAAAUUAUUUAAUUUUUUUUUAGGGAAAACUUUUUUUUUCUUAAAAUUAAUUCGACCGCAGUUAAUUUUUUUAUUGCGUAAUUGUGCUAUAUUUUCUUCCUAUACAUACCCAUUCUUUUUAUUUUAUUUUGGAAGAAAGUAGGAUACAUUAAUUCGUUUGUUUGUUUGUUUUAUGGAAAGAAUUCUUAUUUCUCAGUGUGUGUGCCGAGUGGGUGGGCGUGUGUAAUAUAUAUAUUUCUUCCUCCGAUUCUUCUGUUAAAUCCCUUUGCAAGGAAUUAAUGAGUUUCUUGUGUGAUUGCUUGCGUGUGACCCGCUAAGAGGUGCUGGUUAUUUUUUACCAAUUGUGUGUGUGUGUGUGCCGUGUAAGUGUGUGUUUACCUUCCUCCCUUCUCUCUUUGAUCUUCACCAAAAUCCCAUCAUCGCCAUAAUAACAAGGAAGAAGAAGAAAAACGUAUUCUGUUUGAUGGUCCUCCUCUUUUUCCAAUUGACGACAGCAAAUUAUUUUUUAAUUUUUAUUUUUUCUCUCUCCAGCUUCGACGAGGUUCCGAUUUCAUUAAUCCCCCCUAAUAACCCGUUAAUAACCAUAUUUUCUUUUCCCCCCUCCAUUCAUUGAUUCUAUUGCGUGUAAAGUUAACGGAAGAAUGUCCUCCUCCUCCUUCAAAAUGGCGUCGAUCGACUUUAGUUUUGGAUUUUUCUCUCGGAAGAAAAAGAAGAAGAUGGGAAGAAGAGAAAUUUUGUUUUUUUCUUUCAACAUCAUCCACACCCACGAUAUCAAGUCUCGUAUAUCCGUCGCUAUCAAAUCUUAAAAAAAACAAAAACAUUUACUAUACAUAAAAAUUAAUUUUUUCUUUUUUCUUUUUAGUUUCUGUGCUGCACCUCCUCCUUUCAAUUGUGUUGAUCUUACUCCAUUUGUUGUGACAAUUAAAACAAAAAACAAAA